CUUUAUGUGUCCAGAUUCCCGCAGACAUCUUAUUCCACUUUCUUCACGAAUGUAUCUUUGAAUACGCAAGGUGGCUCAGUGAGCGUCGUGGCCCAUAGGAUUUAUUUGCAUACAGAAUUAAUUCUUACUUAAUCAUGUUUAAUAGUAUAUGGACACGAAGAGUUUCAAUCGUAUAAAUUUAUGAUUAUUCCUUUGUAAUAAUUUGCAGGUCAAUUCACUUGUGUUGCACAUUUUACAGACUCGAUCCAAACUGAGGCGUCUUAAUAAAGCCAUGCCAAAUCUGACAGAAGGCGAGCAGCAGAUCGGUUUGAUAGAGGGGAAGAUUAUUUUCACAAAAGACAUGGCACUGAUCACGGAAUCUCUUCGAGAUCUUUCCAGAUUCUUGGAGGCCGAGUUAUCACAGAAUGGUGAAAGAAUUACGAAAGGUGAGGUAAUGGAUACAGAGUUAUCAGGUGGUGCUGAUAAGCAGCUAAGACCCAGUGGAUUUCUAAAACUAAAAAAGAAAGUUAAACGAGGAAAAUCUCGGGGCACAACUAAAGAAGUUGUCCACGUGCGUGGCAAACCAAAGGCGGGAAAAUCAACUGAUAACAAAGAAAAACCGCAGGGCGGAAAAUCAACUGAUAACAAAGAACAACCGCAGGAUGAGAAAUCAACCAAAAGCAAAGAACAACCGCAGGAUGGAAAAUCGACAGAAAAGAAAGAAAAGGGUGGAUCUAGUCAAGAGGGUAAAGAAAAGAAAGAUAAAGGAGCUUCCGGGAAGUCCGACGACGUCCAGGAUGAUAUAAUGAAAGCGAUGCAAGGAAAAGUAGGGGAAUUGGGGGACCAGUUAGGAGGUCAGGUCAAGCAAUUAGGAGACCGAGUGUUUCAGGGACUGGUACAGAAGUUUAAGCCGUGACGAUAUAUCAACAACAGAUGAUUUGUGACUUCCAUGUCAUUGAAUCAGUAGGUGGUGAACUGAAACGGCAGACGACAGUUUUAGUCAAAUUUGUUACUACGCAUCCUUGGUAAACGAAAAAACAUACCCUCAUCCAAGGGGAGAUAAAUACAGGGUGAAUGCCCCCCUCCCCCAUGAAUAAUUUGGUAAAAAAAAAUUCCAACGCAUAUGUAUAAGUCAUCUGUUGUAGGAGAAAGACGUUAAAAACAUUCAUGAGAACGAGGCUAAAAUCUGUCAAAUGAAACUGAAAGUAGAGAUCAGUUUGUUCAAAUUAUUAUCCCUGGUAUCAGGAUGUAGCUAUAAGGCUGAACAUUAUUACCUACAUGAAUAUGUACCCUAAAAAGUUAUUUUAGAAAAUCCUCUCUAUGAAUAACAAAAUUCCAAUUAUCCAUACAAUAUCAAAACAUCCUAGUAAUGUGUAUAUUCAAGUUUGUUGAAAUUGUGGCACCAGGAAAUACGUGGGUCACGAAAAUAUGUGGAAGUUUUACAUGCGAAUACAAAGGACGACGACAGCGUUAUACAUGAAUGCAAAUAUCUGCAGGUUUCUGGUUCAUUUGAAAUGUAACUCUCUAGGUCGGGUCUAUCUAGACUGUCCCAGUCUGGUACCGUAGAUGUUCAAAGAAUUCGGGAGGAAUCUUUUCGAGCACUCUUUCGAUAAAGUAUAUAACAAGAAAUCUUAUAUUUACUUUUUUACAUUUUAAAUUUACGUUUUAUCAAAAUAGCACAUGCAUUGCUCCUUACAUAGUUAGAGAUCAUUCUCUCACCAGAGGGCGUGUUACACAUACAUGUACGCGAGGAGCGCACGGAACUCUGGGUAGAGAAUGAGUUAGAGAUGUUCAGUUACGGGUCUGGUAUGGUAUGGACCAAACGUUGUGAUCUCUUUUAAUUUACCCGGUGAUGACAACGUAACGUAAUUUCCGUAUUCUAUAUCACCUGAUAAAUGUAAAAUCAAAAAAAAAAAAAAAAAAAAAAAUACAUUAUGACAUUGCAUCAUUGAAAACAUCAAAUACAGGACGAACCCAGCCUUUAUUUAUAUAUUUUUAAUUCCUUCUUUUAAACCAACCAAACAUGUGCUAAUUGCUUUUGUACGGAACGUUCCCGCGGGGCCCCAGAUGAGCGAGGACGAUUUUAUUGUGACUCGGGUGUAGCAGUAUGCCCAACAUGCCUCUGACGAAGACAAUUUGAAAUUUAACAGGAUUCCAAAAUGCUCUGUUACAUGCUCCCCAUUUGCUAAACAUGGACUGGUGCUCACAUGAUAGUAGUUUUAUUUGGUGAAAAUAUACACUAAUGAUAUACGCAUAUGACCAAUAUUACAUGUCAUUUUCUUCAAUAUUUUUACACUAAAAUUAUAGGUCUUGAACAUUCUAUAUGGAUUCGCAUGGAUUUUUUUUUAGUGAUAAAGCUUGUGUGCUUGA